AUGACCUCAAAGUCUUCACUCACUUACUCCACUCGGGCAGUGUUUCAUUCCCAUCCCGUUGCCAGGAAACUCUUCAUGAUUGCCGAAGCGAAAAAGUCUAACCUCAUCAUUUCGGCCGACUUCAACAACACGAACGACCUACUGGAAUGUGCCGAUUUAUUGGGCCCUUAUAUCGCCGUGUUCAAAACACACGUCGACAUCGUUAGUGACUUUAGCGACGCAACGGUUACCGGCCUAAAGUCUCUCGCCGCCAAGCACAACUUUCUCAUUUUUGAGGAUCGCAAAUUUGUCGACAUCGGGAACACAGCGCAAAAGCAAUACCAUGGAGGGGCUCUGAGGAUCUCUGAGUGGGCUGACAUUGUCAAUCUGAGCAUUCUGGGUGGCGAAGGUGUCGUCCAGGCACUGGCACAAACUAUCUCAAGCGACUCCUUCCCAUACCCCCAUCAGAGGGCACUACUUGUCCUUGCUGAGAUGACAACCUCCGGCAGCCUUGCCACCGGUCGCUACACUGAGCUAUGUGUCGAAGCCGCUCGUAAGAACAGCGGGGCUGUAAUGGGAUUUGUGGCAACUCGGUCUCUGGGAGCAGAAGGUCGGGAACAGGGAUGUAAGACCAAUGAAGAUUUCGUUGUCUUCACUACAGGAGUCAACAGGAACCAAAAGGGGGACAAUCUCGGGCAGCGGUACCAAAGCCCCGCGGCCGCUAUCAAAGGUGGCUCUGACUUCAUCAUCGCGGGACGAGGCAUCUACGCCUCUGAUGACCCGGUUGCUACGGCCAAGCUAUACCAGCAGGAAGGCUGGGAGGCGUAUCAAGAGCGGGUUGGAAGAGGGAGCCACUAUACAGUUUAG